AUGGCAGGAGGAAAAUUCCCAACCAUUUCCUUGCUUAUACUGAAUCUGCUCUCAUUUUCGCCGCUCCUAACUGUCUCCUUCUCCCCCGAUUACCCAACAGAUCGUCGCAUUCUAGUCCUUCUCGACGAUCUAGCCCUCAAAUCCUCGCAUUCAAUUUUCUUCACCUCACUAGAGUCCCGUGGUUUCGACCUCGAUUUCAAGCUAGCGGAUGACCCUUCAAUCGCUGUCAAGCGAUAUGGACAAUACUUGUAUGAUGGGCUCAUUCUUUUCUCUCCUUCAACUGACCGGUUUGGAGGGUCGUUGGAUUUGGAGGGGGUUUUGGAUUUCGUUGACUCGGGGCAUGACUUAAUGUUGGCCGCGGAUGUCAGUGCAUCGGAUUUGAUCCGGAGUGUUGCAGCUGAAUGUGGUGUCGAUUUCGAUGAGGAUCCCUCUGCUAUGGUUAUCGAUCACACUGGAUAUGCUGUCUCACAAAUCGAGGGAGACCACACACUAAUAGCUGCUGAUGAUUUUGUUCCUUCCGAUGUUAUUUUGGGAAGUACAAAGAUUGAGGCCCCUGUGCUUUUCAAAGGGACCGGGCAUUCACUGAAUCCUGGCAAUAGUUUGGCUCUAAAGGUUCUUUCAGCGUCGUCUUCAGCAUAUUCUGCUAAUCCAGCAUCCAAGUUGUCAAACCCGCCAUCACUUACUGGAACUGCAAUCUCGUUGGUUUCAGUUGUCCAGGCUAGAAACAAUGCACGUAUUGUUAUCUCUGGUUCUUUGGACUUGUUCAGCAACCGAUAUGAGAAAUCUGGUAAUGAGCAGUUUGUCACCGAACUCAGCAAAUGGGUCUUCCAUGCGAGGGGUCAUCUGAAGGCUGUCAAUCUUAAGCACAACAAGGUUGGGGGAACAGAGGAACCUUCAAUGUAUAGGAUAAAUGAUGAUCUGGAAUUUUCUGUUGAAAUCUUUGAGUGGACUGGUUCUAGCUGGGUACCAUAUGUUGCGGAUGACGUCCAAGUGCAGUUCUACAUGAUGAGCCCCUAUGUCUUGAAAACCUUGUCUACUAAUCAGAAGGGGCUCUAUCACACUUCUUUCGAGGUACCAGAUGUAUAUGGAGUUUUCCAGUUCAAAGUUGAGUAUCAAAGGCUUGGAUACACUAGCCUCUCACUUUCAAAGCAGAUUCCAGUGAGACCCUUCCGACACAACGAAUAUGAGAGAUUCAUAACGACAGCUUUUCCCUAUUACGGAGCUUCAUUUUCUAUGAUGGCGGGAUUCUUCAUCUUUAGCAUUGUGUACCUUUACAGCAAGUAA